AUGUUACCCAGUCUAUCGCGGCGCUUCUCUUUGCUGCGAACCCCCGCUGGGGAGCCCGUCACCGUGGACGACCUCCGCUCCAAGUUCGCUGAGCACCGCGCCAAGGGUUCUCAACACACAAUUAGCGAAGAGGAGGAAGACAUGUUGCUGGAAACGUUCAGUCGCCUGCGAGGAAAGCCUUCUGGCGCAUCCCAGGAGAACGUUGACGGGAGUGAUGUUGGGGCAACCACGGCAGAAGACGAGUCUGGGAGUAAUACCAACACCACCAUCAAGUCGACCAAAGGAACCUCCAGCGCCACCUCUUCGCCUAGCAGUCGUUCUACCAAGAGGUACAGCAACAAUAUGUUUGGCUCGGGGAGGAUGCGCGACUACACGUACCUGAGGAGCGUAGCAUCCUCUCGUACCUCUGCCAGCGGGAGCACCAAGACCCAUUCGUUAACACCCUCCGAGGCUUCUUCGUCGACACCGAGAGGCAACACGUCAUCCAUCGCGGACAGUUUGCGUCCAUCGACACCGACGGGUACUAGCGUCGACGAGUCGGUGCAAUCAAGUCCUUGCCCAAGCAACAUCAACGAUCAGGGUUCUUUGCGAUCGACAUCAUCAUCGAUGGACCCUGCCCAACCCAUAUCAGCAGCGGAGUAUCGAUUGCAGAAGUCGCUGGCACCGGCCGUUUUGAAGAGAGCGUCCCUUGCCCUCGAAAGUGUUAUCAAGGAGCUUGAGGAUGAUGUUGAAGAGGAAAUAGUCAUGCCCCGCUCCACACCUAUCCCGAGAAACCAUGUCGAUCACAAUCAACACCAGCUCCUCGAUCUUAGGAGGUCGAAGGCGGCCAGCAUCUCCUUUGGCAAAUCCGCCCUUCCAAUCUAUACCGGCAGGAUCGCCAUCGCAAGGACUGUCUAUAUCGAGGCCAACUACACCUUCCAAGAUCGUUUGGACCAAGUCCAAAAGAUCAUCAACGGUGCAAGCGGUGGUGUCGAUGUCUUUGGUGGUGCAGCCAUGGGAUUAGAGAGGAAACCGAGUGGGAAUGGCAUCAGUGCGCCUGCUCUCAAUAGCUCUGGAUCGUAUUCUUCAACAGACGACCUCGGCCGCUCUUGGUCAUCCAACCGUGCUUUUGGUAACAGUCGACCUACGUCCCCGCUCAAUGCCUCGGUUGCCUCGCAAAACUCGUUCUCGGACGCAUCCCACAAUCUCACUAAUUCCCAAUCCCAGAACAAGCAUCGUUCUGCCACUCCGACACAGAUCACUCCGAGAUCCCCUUCUUCACCGACCUUCGAUACCUAUCGCAACUCUCCUUCGAGACUUGGCAAGCGCUCCUCCAAACAGAAUGGACCGUCUUCCACCUCACCUUUCGACCUUGGACCCCUUCCAUCUCUGACCCUGAACUCUAGAGCCAACCUGUCUAGUUCUUCGUUACUUUCGACAGGGUCUAGCUUCCAUUCCUGGGACGACAACAACGACAGAGUUCUCAACAUUUUCGAUGAUAUCGAUGCUCAGCCCGCGUGGCACGAUUUCUCAUCCGACAAAUCAACAACAUCGGGUUCUGAAACCCAAGGCAAGGUUUCGUCCAGUAACGAAACAACCCCAGAUGAUGAUUGGGAACCGGAGGAGAUUAUCCGAAGCUAUGCUGGGCUGAAGAAGGCCGACUUUGCAACAAUCCAGGAGAAGCUAGUCGCCGUGGCGAAGGCAACUGAGCACCGAGGGUCAGCCCUAAGGAAACGACGACCAUCCACUUCGCAAUCCAACUACUCCACAAGGGACCAUAGGGUUGCCAGUCCGCCGCCGCCUGCUUCCCCCGUAUCCAAUGUCCACUCCAUGGCUCGCGAACAGCAGAAGGCCAUUGAAGUGCAGUCGCUAUCGGCGCCCAGCCUAGCUUCAUCGCAGUCCUCGUCUUCCAUUGACAGGGAAUUCGGCCUGCGCAGGAAUUUGGCGCAAGUUCUCUUUGGGGAAGGAGAAGACGAUAGGGCGCCAGAUGCUACAGUCACGGGGCAUGGCACGAUAACUGCCAAUUCCACUGCCACUGCGAACUCGACGAUAACGGGACGGGCGGCGCCUUCAGCCACCACGGAGCCCAUCGCCAUUAAUCCUAAUGCCAGCGUGUCUUCAGAACUAGCCAUCGGUUCGGCGAUUGCUGAAACCAGUAUAUCCGAGUUGCUGGAGAGUGCCAUGGGCAGCCACCCCAAAGAUACCCCACAGUCCAAAGAGGAACCUGCAAGUCCUGCCCCCUCAUCUUCUUAUCUCCUCAAUCGGAACCCUUCGACAUCCCGGAUUCCCCAGUCGCCGCAAGAUCAAGCUGUUCUUGCACGGGAGAUCCAACAGAAGGCUCAGGCCGCGACCCUGGCCCUCCACAAACCCCUGAAUGAGGCACCUGUUCAUACCACCCUCCCGCGAAAGCGCAUCGAUCCCAGCCAAAUCUCCAGCCCGACGCUGGUCUCUUCCUCGGCCAGUGUCGAUACUAUCCCAUUGAAGACGCCUUCGUUGACUGCCAGUACGAACUCUGGUAGUCUGAAGAUCGGUUCUCGAUUCAAGAGGCUUAGAGGGAGCAUACGUGCGAAAGUCGCGACAGUCGAUGAGAAUGCUUCGAUCAACUCUGAUACCAAGAGCCCACCAACGAGCAGCCAGAUGGCGACAUAUGAUCAUGAUAAGCUGAGGGCUGCCAGUGGACCCAAUUCCUCAGGGCCAGGCGACGGAGGGAGGUACAAGGUCUCUGUACCUAGUCCUCCUGCGUCAGCAGGCCCGGGGUUGAAAGGGUUCAUGGCGCGGUUCAGGACGAAGCGUAUGACGGAUAUACCGCAGUCAACAUCGUCUCCGACUCAAGGUUCGCCUCACAUCCCUGCAGCAUCCUUCUCACCUUUGUCUCCCUCGCAUAAAUUAUUCCCGGCCAGUCCCACCCCCUCAGCCACACACUUUGCCUCCAACGCCGAUUCGGAACACGCGCCCGUUGACUCGAGACCAGAGCAAAAUCGGGCUCAGUUCACAUCUCCUGCUUCACCUCUUUUGCAACAAGGACGCACAGAUACCGACUCUAGGCCAGAAGCCGGUGGGGAUUCAGAUGCCCUUCAACAGCUUUUCGCGGCUGCCAAUAAGAUCGGUAUCGAUCAGUCAGCUCUGAACGAUCUCUUGCUCCCACAGUCGUUCACUGGACAGGCGGAGAACUUGCUCACUGUUCCAACCGCUGGCAACGACAAGAACUCUGCGACUUACGACUCCGUGUAUGAGCUGUAUGGUGAUAGCAGGGCCACGAGCAUGAUGGUUGACCCCAAUAACCAUGAUAACCGGGGUGAAGGUCACCUACCUGCCGAAUCGACUACUGGUGUCGAGGUGAUUGAGCUCGCGAAUGGAGAAACCAUUUGGAAAAUUGUGAACGGGUUACGGGACGACGAUGACGAUUCCUUUUAUCCCAGUCAGCGCAACAGUAUUUCAUCAGAAUAUUCCACUCGCGAAGGAACUACUGAAGGAUUGCAAGUUUUCGUCAAGGAGCAUGUCCGUUCGGGAUCUAAAGGCAGCCAUGCUUCCUUUUUGUCAAGGAAGAAAUCAGGUGCAGGGAAGGCGCGUCCCGACACAAAGAUCAUGUAUAGUUCGCCGGAGCAAAUUGCUCACCUGAUCGAGCAGCUUUCUCAUGGCAUGGAUGCUGGUUCCUUCAACUUUAGACCCUAUCGCAAUUCUGGUUCUGGGUCGACCUCUGGAACACGGUCCUCAGUCGAACCUGGCCAUUCCGCGACAUCUUCCCUUUCGGCCAAUGAGAUAACAUGGACUAUGAAAGAGAUUGAUUCGAUGCUGACCUCCAUGUCCCCGAAAUCCUAA